AUGGUGCCGGCGGGACCAGGCCCCGCGCCUCCGCCGCCAGCCUGUCCACCUGCCCCACCCCCGGCCUUGCGUGCUGCGUUCUGGGGCGUGAGCGUCUGGGCUCGGCCGGAGGACAGUAGCAUCGGUCCUAGGAUGACAGGGCCAUUUCCUUCCCGGCGGGGGCCAAAUCCUCGGGAAGCCGAUCCAUCCUGUCCAGCUACCUGUCCCAAGCGGGGCGCAGGCCGUGUCGCCUCUUUAGGAGGCUUCGGAGAACCGGCCACGCUGACCCUCUCAGACUCGGCACCGCACCGUCACCGGGCGGCAGUGGGGGGGCUGCGCAGUCACGCGCGCACCACACUUGCGCUCAGAAGCGCGCAGGGCUCUCUCUCUCCGCCCCGCACACCUGGGCUCCGCCCCCUGGUUCCCGGCCGGCGGCCGAAGGCUUUGGGGGACCCAGAGCGGCUGCGGCAGCGCCCCCCUUCUCCUUCUCUUUCCACGGCUGGAGUUGUCCGGAGCCUGUCGCCGGUCCCAACCAGCCCUCAUCCCUUUCCAUCCUUCCCUCCCCCCACCCCUGCCGCGGCACGGGUAUCUGCAGCCGCAGCCCGGAGCCCUUGA